AUGAGGAAUUUCUGCCGCUCCUGCACCCAAUCCAGACCGCAGUUAUUGUCCUCUCCUCUCGUGUUUCGUUCUUCGCCAUAUCUGUUCUUCAAAGCACGAUAUCUUAGCAGUACACAAAACAACGCACUCAGUCGGUUUGAUGGUGCGCCUAUCCUUAAGUAUGUCAGGCAGAAAGUGGAGGAGCGCAGCAAGCUGCUCUCUCUAAUCUCGGAUGAUUUCUCGAAUGCGGAGGACGUCUCGUUAGCCAAGCGGAUCAAGGAUUUGGAACCGCUGGAGACUGCAUGGAAAGAGUGGUCAAACACAAGGAAGUCAUUGCAAGAAACCUUGCCACUCCUGGAUGACGCUGACCCUGCGAUGCGCGCUCUCGCGGUGGAGGAACACGCGUCUCUGUUGGAGACACUCACCAACCUCCUAGACAGCACUUUCCCUACGCUUCUUGUUCCCGCCUCUGAUACUGCCCAUUUAUCUGCCCUCGUUGAACUCAAGGCAGGCGUUGGUGGAUCUGAGGCAUCACUCUUUCUAGCUGAGCUUGUGCGCAUGUACACGCGUGCCGCGAACACUCUGGGCUGGAGGGCGACGACAAUGAGUAGUAACAUGCUUGAGGGAGGGAAUGGUAUGAAAGACGCUAUACUGGAGGUGAAAGGGGACAAAGCGUACGACGCUCUACGCUGGGAAAGUGGCAUUCAUCGUGUGCAGAGAGUACCGGCUACGGAGGCUAAUGGACGAGUGCACACGAGCACAGUAGCAAUUGUGGUCCUUCCCCUGUCAGAGGAAAAUGACUCUCAUGCUGGAAAAGACGAACUUUUCUCACCUGACGAGAUCAAAAUUGAAGUGAUGCGCGCACGCGGCGCCGGAGGCCAGCACGUUAACAAAACGGAGUCCGCUGUCCGUCUGACUCAUCUGCCAACUGGGAUCACUGUAUCCAUGCAAGAUGAACGUAGUCAGCAUCAGAACCGUCGUCGAGCAUUCCAAGUCCUUCGCGCACGUCUUAUGGACCGUAAACUGAGUCGGGAAGUUAUGGAACGACGAGCAGUGCGACGCAAUCUUGUGCGGAGUGCGGAUCGGAGCGAGAAGAUCCGGACCUACAACUAUGCCCAGGCGAGUCUUCCCCCAAUGCUAAUCUUUUACUCAGUCAUUGCUCAUACUAAACUGCAGGACCGUGUCACAGACCACAGGUUGGGUCUAUCUCUUAUGAACCUCAUGUCUGUCAUGGAAGGUGACGGACUGCAGGAGAUUCUGCAGGCACUGGAGGAAAGGUAUCGCAAUGAAAGUCUGGAGGAAGUACUAACACAGUAA